UCCGCAUCGGGAGAAUAACGGCUGGGUGGGAUGUUCGAGGAUGAUCGUUGUAAUUGGUGGAUUUUUGAUGAUGCAGGAGGAGUCUUGGUCGAGAGUGUCUAGAGAGGAGUUGGUGUUGAGUGAAUGCAGGUCACAUGCUUUGGCCAGUUGGAGCUCAAUUCAGCUUCACCACAAUGAUAUAGCUAUCUACAAAAGAUACAGUCUACAAGUCUACAUCAACAUAAUCUACUAUACUAAUGAUGACAGGCAAUGAAGAAGUCCCAAGCUGACCAAUCAGAUCGACAUCACAUGUCUCGGUUGUUCUGCAGCGGCAGAUUCCGACCAUCAAGGGAUGGAGAACUGACAGCUUAAUCGAUCUCCAACUCAAUCUCUUAACCUUCUACGACACCAAGAUCCCAUUAACCUCCAGCUUCUACAGCUUACGGCGAAAAUGGCCACUCUCGAAUCCAACUCGACACCCAACAUCGCAGCCUGCGACGCAGUCCUCCACAUCAGCAGCUCCGCCUUUAUCGACACCUCGUCGCAAAAGGUCUGGGAUAACCUCAUCGACACCUCAACCUGGCCAUCCUGGAAUACAUUCUGUCCCCGCGUGACUAUCCGCGAACAACCAAACUCCAACCCCGACACCGCCCUCUCGCCCAUCCUCCAACAUGGAACCAAAAUGACAUUCCACGUCCACAUGGACCCUUCAUCGACAAAACCGCAAACCGAACAAGCAGCCGUCCUGGUCGUGACCGAGUUUAGCCCCCCAGACGCAGAUACCCACAAACCCGGUCGCAUUGUCUGGGCCGGCGAUUCUACGGCUAAAGGCGCAUUUCCGGCAUCGCUGUUGACGGCGGAGAGGGUGCAUGAGGUGGUUGAUAUCGAGGUUCAGGGUGAGGAUGGACAGAUGCGAAAGGGGACAGAGGUUCGGAAUUGGGAGGCGCAGGUGGGAUAUUUGGUGUAUGUGGUGCGGUGGAUGUAUGGGACGCAGUUGAAGAAGAAUUUCGAGACGUGGGUGCGGGAUUUGAAGGGAUACGUUGAGUCUUCGGGUUCUCGAUAGCUGUCGUUGAUUUUGAGGUUGAGGUUUAGGUUGUGAUGGUGUACAUCACGAAUUCACAACCAACAUGGAGCCAGUGGCAAUCUGUAUUCCAGAACUGCUGGAGCACAUUCUGAUAUUCCUGGAUAUACGCACACUGUUGAUAUCGGCGCAGCGCGUAUGUCGACUAUGGAAUCAAGUCAUCGCCCAGUCCAAAGCCCUUCAACAAGCUCUCUUUUUCCAUCCUACCGACAGCAAAGACCAAGAGCGUAUCCGCAACCCACUUCUCAGUGAUGUUUUUUGGAGCUGUACUGUUCCC